AACACUUGCCCGCUUAUGAUUUAAAAUCAUCUAUGCUUGUUGGAAAUUGUGAGUUUUGGAGCAGGAUAUUAUAAUGUAGCAAUGUAAUUGAAAAAUGUAUUGGAAAAUCGCUGCUGUACUUGGUUUAAGCGCUGCUGCUGUAACUUUGGUGGAGUAUUUUCUUUACCUGCAGCGACUAAAACUCAAAGAAGUUGAGAAGUUGCGUGCUUUAGAGAGGGUUAUAUUCUUCGAUGAUACUUUACAGAAUUGUCGUGAACAUUUAACUACGGAAAAUUCAUGUGGGGAUUCUUGUUCCUUUAAAAAACUAUCGUAUCUGAUUGCAAGGAUCGAUGACUGCUUGUCGACACUGGACCUCUGCAUGUUCCUCAUGACCUGCCACAACCUAUCGUCAGCGCUGGCACGGGCUGUGGAGCGCGGAGUGAAAGUGCGCAUGCUGUAUGACCAUGACAUGGCUGGAAACACCCACAAUUAUGGUUGCCAGAUCAGGUGGCUGAGGCGGCAUGGUGUGGAGGUGCGCACGCGACCAUAUGCCCACCACAUGCACCACAAGUUUGUGGUGCUGGACGGGCGUCUGGCGAUCACCGGCUCAGCCAACUGGACCCUGCAGGCAUUCUGUGGCAACUGGGAAAACGUAGUGGUGACCGCUGAUCCCCGCCUGGUGCACCAGUUCGCAGACACCUUCCAGGAGCUCUGGGACAUGUUCACUGAGGCACUCCCAGAGUCUGCUUGAGGAGCAGUGUUGUUCCAGCAAACAGGGCCUUUGUGCUCUGUACUUUCAGUUGAAAACAAGUUGCGAUAUGUGGAAGAUGACAAGCUCAUAUUGACUAGUAAGGUCGCUAGUCAUUGGAAUUCAGAGGUGGAUGUAUUUUUUUUUUUUUUUUUUUUAAUUCUUGGUAUUCAUACAUAUCAUUGACAACAGGAUGAACACACAUUAUUUUGUGCAUUUUUUGUUUCGUUACGUUAAGAGUAUGAAGUGAUGUUUCAAAAUAUGUAUUGACUUGAGAAAAGGUACUUGGCAUUUUCCUGUGCAAAACUUCAAGCUUAAUCACAAGUUACAUAUUCCACAUGUGUAGAUACUUGUAGUUCAGUGCUAGCAUCUUCUUUAGCUGGUCUUUUAUUAAUAUUAUAUUACUUUGAUAUAGUGGUACCCUACCUCUUUUUAUAUUCUUUAAAUAAUUUAGGUAACGCAACUCCAGAAAAAUAAGUUUUGACACGUCAGCUACAGUCGAGUAGAGCAGUGUCUUCCACUAACUUCAUGUUUGAGAUAAGGGGGAAAUGUUUCAAAUCAAACUUGAAAACAUAAUCAUUAUUGUCUUAUAAAAUGCUUUCUUCUUCACACCAAUCUAUCAAGUGAUUUGGUAGCUAUGUUAACUGAUUUCUACACUUCUUUUUAUAUAUUCUUUAGAAGCUGACUUAUCAUUUCCUUUAGAUUGGUAAAGAACUCAUAUCUUUAAAUAAACCACCUAAACGUUUCUCACAUAUUGUAAGCAAACUUUACCUCUUUCAGGUCUUUUCAAAUUCAAUCAACCAACUAGUAAUCUAUGCUUACCACCAGACUUGUAGUUUCUUCUAUUUUCUUUUAAAACAUUGCAAAUGUUUCUAGUGAUCCCAGAGUUAGUGUGGAACACAAAAAAUCAGCAUUAGCAAUGUGUAGAGCCAAGAUUAUAUGGUUUUAUGCGAAAUCGCGAAUUUUCACGCGAAAUUCAUCCCAAACCGCGAAAAAUGCGAAAUGUUUUCUAACCACAAAUAAACACCUCAAUAUUGAUUUAAAUCGUUUACUACCGACUAUUGGUUGAUUGACAAAAAUUCCGUAUCUGUAGAAGAAAUGGUCGUCAUCCAACUGCAGUGUGGUGGUUAUUUAAUGCGUUAAUUAUUCAUCUUAAAAAAUUACAAGAUAUCACAAAAAUUGACGAUUUCACGAACAAAAAACAGAUCGUUAUCGGAGUUAGGUUAGGGUUUUUAAACGCAUCUAGCCACUAGAGAUCACGCAAUUAUAACAACCGGCGAUCGUAAACAAGUUAACAAACACAACAACGUGAAAAAUCUCAGCGCCUUGUUUGCUGUAUCCUUUGAAAAAUACACGUGAACAAAAACUGCAUUCAUUAAAUAAAUACGUAUGAAAAUAAAAGCGAACCUUGAUAUUUAAUGAUCACUUGAUAUUUAAUGAAAUUUCACUGUAACGCAAUUUUGUGUGCUUGUUGAAUAAGCAGUUUACCGUGAAGCAACGCCGUGAAGCCUUCAUUUUAAUUUCACACUUCACAGGCGAGAGAGCCGAAAUCGUAACAUACUCGAAGUUUUCCGAUCGCUAAUGAAAAAGCACCAUAUUGCAAGGAUUUAUUUAUUUUACGGUCAUUAAAUAUUUUAAAUAACGCUUACCUACCCAACCCUCCCGGAAAAUAAAUAAAAACAUUUAUUUCACUGACCUGACAUAACCUAACCUUUUACUUCGGGUUGAGUAUAUGGUUCUCUCGCCUGUAAAAAGUAGGCUUCCCGCGGUUUAUUUUUUCGCUACAACUUCAAUAAAUACUAGUUUUUGGUACCUCCGGGAUUUGUUUACAAAUGACGUGCAUAAAUGAAAGCUAAAUUUCUUAAUCAUGCCGAAAAAUAAAGCUACUACGGCAUCACGUGCUGACGAGUUUAAGAAUGAGGGAUUAUAUGUCAGUGACGGAAAAAUACUUUUCUGUAAAUAUUGUAAUUGCCGUUUGGAGCAUGAACGUAAGGACACGGUAAACAAGCACAUAAUUAGCGACAAACAUGUAAAAGGUAAACGAUCCCCAUGCACUUUGAAACGACAGCUUUCUAUCCCAGAAGCAGGAGUGGCGCAAAUAUGCGCAAAAAAACAAAAGGAAGAUUUUGUUCUCGAAACUGUUGAAGCCUUUGUAGCUGCAGGUAUUCCUCUUGAGAAACUUGACAACAGCAAGCUGACUGCAUGGAUGCAGAAGAAUGUAAGGGGUGCUGGUGAUCUUCCAACAGCGGAUUGGAUGAGGAAAAAGUACAUUCCCCUACUUAGAGAGAAAAAAGAAGUGGAAAUCAAGCAGCAGCUCUUGGGGCAAGAUGUGGUCAUACUCGCAGAUGAAACCACUGACAAGAGUAAUAAUUGUGUUUUCAACAUCUUGUUUAAAAUUCUGAAACCAGGUGCUGAACAAGAUGUUAUCUUAGGGGCUUCUUGUGUCCUUGAUGCAGCAAAUGCUGUUUGUUGUUCUCGGGCAGUGAUUGAUGUAUGCUCCAAAUAUGAAGUCAAGGAAGAAAACAUAAUUGCGUAUGUUACAGAUAGUGCCAGGUACAUGACAAAAUCUGCUGGCACCCUUGAAGGUCUAUUUGGUGACCACAUGUACCACAUACAAUGUUGGGCCCAUAAAGUAAACAUUGUUGGGCAGAUCUGGCAAAACAACUUGGAAGAACUGAACCUCUUCGUUUGUAAGGUAAAGAUGGCCUUUCUUAACACCAGAAAGAGGAGGCAUGCAUACCUUCAAUUUCUUCUCCAGAAACAUGGAGAAAACAAGGCUCUGGUCAAGUUAUUCCCCAUGCCAGUUGUUACACGUUGGAACACAUGGUUUGAAUCUGUAGCAUACCUCGCACUCCAUCUGCACGACAUUGUGGAAUUCUUUGAGCAGCUUAGCGAAGAUAACUCUGGUGUUAAAUAUAUCAAGGGACUCCAGAAGGAAGAGUUACAAUGUCUUGAGGCCACUCUUACAUUUGUGGCUCAAAACUGUAACACCUUUGUAGAGCUAAUUAAUUUUCUUGAAGGAACAAAGUAUCCUACUGCUCAUCAGUUGUGCACAAAAUUGAGUAAACUUCAAACUACUCUUGAUGUCUUGGCUAAGGGAAUAUUUCCUGAAAAUGUUGAAGACAUUUUGGCUGAAAUGAAAACUGUCAACUCUGCAGCCCUUAAAGAGCAGUUCAAGAACACAGCUAAACUCAGUCUUAUAAAACUGAUUGAUCUGGUGAACACUGAUCCAUCUCGUCAACUAUUUCUGGGAAUCAGCGCUCUAAUGAAUCCUCAAAAUGUAGAAAACAUUCGUGUGGAGGAAAAAGAAUUCCAGAAACAUAUUGGGAACCUACCUUUCCUUUGCAAGGUGCAGAAGACCUCUGUAGCGACAGGCUACAUAACACUCCAAAACCUGGUUUCCCAAGAGCAGAAGAAACCGCAUGUAAACUACAUAGACAUGGUGGACAUACUAUGCAAAAUGAAAGCGGAUUAUCCUGAAUUUGCAGCUGCUGCUUUAAAGUUAAUAUGUAUACCUGCAACGAAUGUGGACUCAGAGAGAUCUUUUUCUAAGUAUUCUGUAGUUGUAAGUGACAGAAGAAGAUCUCUAAAACCAGAGAAUGCUGAACUGCUGACAAUGGUGGCUUUUUCCUUAGCUUAAUUAUAUUGCAUUUAUAGAACAAAAGUUUAACUGUAGUUUCUAUUUUAAUUAAUUUAGACUCUCUCCUGAACUCAGGAACAGUACUUACCUGCAUAAGAAUACUGAAUAUUUUAGUUGUUAAUUUUUUAUGUACUCUCAACAUAGUAUUGUUUAAUGUGCAUAUUUUAAGUCUCUAACCACGAAUUAUUGAAGCAUUUGAUCAAGGCAGCUCUGCUAGGUGUGUACAUGUUAUUACAUGUGUUUUAAUUUUUUAUGACGAUAAAGACGAAAUCCAUAAUUCUUAAUGACGAAAAGUCCUUUUUCAUAACACCAUAAAAUCUUGGCUCUAGCAAUGUGGAACUUAUCAUAUAUCUUGGAACAUGGCAUGAAAGUGGGUAAGUUUGGUCCUGGUACUCCCGCUUCACUGACCUUGUAUUCCAAAACUGCUUCUUCCCUAUCUCAUUUUGUGUCGGGCCACUUCAAGUCCUGCGUAACGCCGGUUACAAUAGUGUGCAGCAUCAUCUGUGGUUGUGUGCGCUAAGGCGUUGUGCUAGUGCAGUGAGGUGACACACGCUCUCCGGUGUGACUCAUUAAUUCAUGAGCACUGCCUCAGCAUUAGAGCGGCUCUAGGUUUGCUCCAUGAUCCUGAGGCCCUGUAGGGAACCUGGGGAGCCUUGACUAUAAUUUUAGAAAAUAUUUUUUAAUAUUUUUUCAGUGUUAACUAAAAAAAUUUAAAUACAACAGUUCUGUAACUUAGUUCACAUGAAACCAAAAUAAUAUCUUCUCAUUUCCAUAAACAAUUUAAAAACUAUUUAUUUUUAAUAUUGUUUUACUUAGUGCAUCAUGGGUCAAGUCUCCCUAUGUGUAGGAGGUUUGACCCACCAUAAGGGAGGCUUGACCCACUGUAAGGGAGGCCUGACACAGGUGGGAAAAAAAAAUUAUGAUUAAUGUCAGAAAUAAUGACUGCAGUGUAUGUUUAUGGUAAAUGCUUCUGUAUAUUUAUAUCAAGUUGGUAUUAAUAAUAAAAUUAUAUCUAAAAUAC